AUGGACGAAUCGCAGCUGCUGCACUGCCUGCAGGCGUCGCUGCACAGCGACGCGUCCGUGAGGCAGAACGCCGAGGCGCAGCUGUCGGCGGCAUCCCGGCAGGGCGGCUACGGCGUGGUGCUGGCCAAGGCGGCGCUGGCGCGUGAGGUGCCGCCCGACCUGCGCCAGCUGGCGGCCGUGCUGCUGAAGCAGUACGUCAAGUUGCACUGGCAGGACGGCGGGGAGAAGUUCGAGCCGCCGGUAGUGCCCGACCCCGACAAGCGGGCGAUUCGCGACCUGGCGUUGCGGUGCCUGUCGGACCCGGUGCCCAAGAUUCGGACGGCGGUGGGGAUGGCGGUGGCGAGCAUCGCGAGCUGGGAUUGGCCCGAGAAUUGGCCCAACUUGCUGGAGGUCCUGGUGGGCGCCAUCAAGGAGCGGAAGGACCCCGACCUAGUACAAGGAGCUCUUCGGUGCCUGUCAAUGUUUGCUGGAGAAAUUGAUGAGGGACAAUUACCUGUGGUGCUGCCUGUCCUGCUCCCAGAGUUGAAGUCGAUCGUGAGCCUGCCUUGCACAGACAGCUGCCACAUGCAGCAGCAAGCACUGGCCAUAAUCCACUCGUUCAUCUCCAACCUCGGGACGAUGUCUGGGCAGUAUGGUCAGCAGACAAGGGAGCUGAUCCAACCACACCUGGAGGGCCUCAUGCAGCAGUUUCUGGCCAUCCUGUCCCAGCCACUGACACCGAAAGACAUGUCCCGUUGGGGGAUGCUGAUGGAAGCGAUCAAGAGCUUGAUCCAAAUAAUGUUGCACUUCAGCAGGCUUGUUGAACCCAUGACAACGGAACUGGUGUCGUCUGCUGGCAAGUGGCUCCUGAACAGCUACCAGCUGUUUGUAACAGUGGUUUUGGACGAAGAGAAUGAAUCCGAAGAGGUAGAGGUGGACUCUGAAGGAGGGACAGCGGAUUUUCAGACUGUCACUGCUCAGCUGUUUGAAUUGUUGCUUGUGCUGAUCGGCAACAAACGCCUCCAGCACCUAUUCGAGGGCAGCCUGAAGGACCUGAUGUACCUCACGUUGGGGUACAUGCAAAUGACGCAGCGGCAAGUCAACACGUGGGUCAACGACCCCAACCAGUAUCUCGCCGACGAGCAGGAGGAGCUGUUCACCAUGAGGGCGUCCGGCGAGCUCAUGCUCACAGAGCUCGUGGAGGCAUUCGGCGACGACGCGAUGCAGGCCCUGGGAUCCGCCGUCGAGCGCCGCACAGGCGAGUCCGUGUCCGCGCUGUCGUCAAACAAGCCCAACUGGUGGAAGCCGCGGGAGGCCGCUCUGCUGGCCAUGGGCUACGUCUCAGAGGCGAUCGCCGAGGCGAGGCGAUCGGGCGCAGGGGCGCAAUUCGACCUGGGCCAAUUCCUGGAGGGCACGCUGAAGAACGACAUCGGCGGGCAGUGCCCCUACCUGGUGGGGCGGGCCCUGUGGAUGGCCGCGAAGUUGGCGCCGGUCAUGUCCGUUGAGCAAGCGACGCCCUUCGCCCAGGCGGCGGUUGCCGGUUUGUGCGGGGGAGGCCCAGCACCUGUUCGCAUUGGGGCUUGCCGCGCCAUCUCCCAGCUGUUCCCUGCUUUGCCCCGUGAAGUGCUGAAACCUUGCAUGCCAUCAACGUUCGAAUCUCUGGUCAGGAUGCUGCAGGAGACCAGCGAGGACACACAGAACCUGGUGCUUGAGACGCUGGCAGUAGCAGCUAAGGUGGACGAAGAUGCAACGUCCCAGUUCGAGUCCCAGAUCAUGCCUACCACUCUCCAGAUCUGGUCUGAAAACUUCAACGACCCCAUGGUUGGCACUGCCGCGAUGGAUGUCAUCACAGGCCUUGCAGCCAACAGCCAGUGCCUGCCUGGCCUGUGUCGCUCGGCAUUGCCUGUCGUGAGCAAGGUUGUUGUGGAGCCUGCUGGGCAGCCUGCAGGGGCAGUGGAGAGCUGCCUGGACUUGCUGACUGUGCUGGUGGGCACGCGAUCGCUUGAGGUGGCCGGGGCUGUGUACACAGCAGUCGGUCCCGCUGUUAUGGCACUGCUGGCACAGUCUGACGACGCGGGUAUCCUGGAGAGCUGCACAAAGCUGCUGCAAGCACUGGUGAUGGUUGGCGGGGAGCAAUUGCUGUCCUGGGGCGGAGCAGACCCAGCAGCUAGCCUGCAGACCCUCAUGGCGGCAGUCAGCCGACUGCUGGACCCGGCCAUGGGUGACGCCCCUGCUGCACACGUGGGCCAGCUGGUGAACGCCCUGGUUCAGAAGGUUCCCACUGUGCUGGGACCCAUGUUGCCUGACCUUCUGAAGGCAAUCAUUUGGAAACUUCAGCACGUGGAUAUGUCACAGGUGGUGGUGUCUCUGCUUGUGGUCUUCUUCAGACUUGCCCACAAAGAUGUGAAUUCAUUGAUAGAGGUCCUGGCAACGAUGAGUGCACCUUCUCCAGAUGGCAGUACCAAGAAUGCUUUGCAGUUAGUCAUGGGCAUCUGGACAGAAAGGUAUGUCGAGAUCCAGGGUCCUUACAGCAUCCGGCUGGCCACCACUGCCAUGGGAAACCUCUUGGCAUCGGGGAACCCCAAGCUGUCAGAAGUGCAGGUGAAAGGCAAGAUCGUCCCUACGUCUGGCGGCGUGCGCACAAGGUCGCAGGCCAAGCGCUCAAACCCUGACAAGUGGGUCAUGGUGCCCCUGCCCAUCAAAAUCGUCAUGCUGUUUGCAGACAUCCUGGUGGAGCAACAGAUGGCAGAGAUGGAACUGGCAGAGGGGUCGGAUGAAGACCCGAAAGAUGAAGAAGGCCUCACAGACAGUGUGGCAGCAGGGCUCAUGACUCUGGAUGAUAUCCUGGCUCGGCGUGAAUCCGACUUUGCGUCUGGUGUGGACUUCGACGAGGGCUUGCACGAUCCUGUGGACCCCGUGGCCCAGCUGGACCUUGUGCAGUACGCUGCAGGACAGAUCAAAGAUGUCAACGCCCGAGACCCGGCAUUCUUGCAGUCGUGCAUGGCAGCCUUCACGCCCGCACAAGAAGCCAUCGUGCGGGGAUUCCUGCAGAAGCAAUGA